AUGUUGCUACCGUCUUGGCAUCUAAUUGGAGCCCUGCUAGUGCUGACGGCAACAGCGGGGGACUCCACCAACAAGAUCAUCCUGCCGCAAAUACUCACCGACAGCAGCGGCAGCAGCAGCAGCAACGGAGGAGGCGCCUCCAGCACCAGCAGCAGCAGCACCAACACCAAACAUCUCACCGGCAGCAAAACGCCGUCUGCCGCACUUGCUCCCGGUGGCGGAUCGAAAACCACUACAGGCACCGCAGGCAAUGGCAACAUCAUCCUCGGCAGUAAUGGUAUAAUUGUGGCCGGCGGUAUGCCCAAUGCGCCAGCAUCGAAUUUAAAUACUGUUGUUGAAGAACCCGAAUUUACCGAAUACAUCGAAAAUGUAACUGUACCUGCUGGACGUAAUGUCAAACUGGGUUGCUCGGUUAAAAAUCUUGGCUCAUAUAAGGUCGCUUGGAUGCACUUUGAGCAAUCGGCGAUAUUGACCGUGCACAAUCACGUGAUCACGCGCAAUCCGCGCAUCAGUGUCACGCACGACAAGCACGACAGGCAUCGCACCUGGUACCUGCACAUCAACAACGUGCACGAGGAGGACAAGGGACGCUACAUGUGCCAGAUCAAUACGGUGACGGCCAAAACUCAAUUCGGCUAUUUGAAUGUUGUGGUGCCACCAAAUAUUGACGAUUCGCUGAGCUCGAGCGAUGUCAUCGUGCGCGAGGGCGCUAAUAUAUCGCUGCGUUGUCGGGCCAGCGGCAGUCCCAGACCCAUUAUCAAAUGGAAGCGUGAUGAUAACUCGCGCAUAGCCAUCAAUAAGAAUCACAUAGUGAAUGAGUGGGAGGGCGAUACGCUGGAGAUAACCCGCAUCUCUCGUCUGGACAUGGGCGCCUAUCUCUGCAUCGCAUCCAAUGGGGUGCCCCCGACGGUUUCCAAGCGCAUCAAAGUCAGCGUCGACUUUCCACCCAUGCUGCUAAUACCACAUCAAUUGGUUGGCGCACCCGAAGGUUUCAAUGUGACCAUCGAAUGUUUUACGGAGGCGCAUCCCACAUCCCUGAAUUACUGGACACGCGGCGAGGGACCAAUCAUACACGACUCGUUUAAGUACAAAGUCGAAUCGAGCGUCGGCGUGCCCGCGUACAAGACCCACAUGAAGCUGACAAUUAUCAAUGUGGGCAGCGGGGACGAUGGCAUCUACAAGUGCGUGGCCAAGAAUCCCAGGGGCGAGACGGAUGGCAUUAUACGAUUAUAUGUCUCAUAUCCGCCAACGACCGCCUCUUCGGGUCUCUACACUAGCGAAUCUCAUUGGGGCGAGGCUGGCAACAAUAAUUUUGGCUUUGGCAACUCCGAUGCGACGCGUUCCAAUUACGGACAUGAUAAGAAUACGCGCUAUCAGUCGAAUUUGAAUGAAAUCGGUUUAUCUGAACAAAAAUCCUUCCUAGAUAAAACACUGAACGCGGCAAACGGAAAUGGUAAUGCGCCCGGCGUCGGCGUCGACAACGGCGCCGACAGCGACGCCAUAGCGUGGCUGGUUUUGCUACCAACGUUGUUAACCAUGGUGCGCGGAGAAGUUUGUGCAAGACUUAGCUUAAGUGUGUGUUAGAGCUACAUAUCCGAAUUAUAUAUGAGGCUAAGGCGACUAGCAUAUAAACGAUAUAUAAAUAUAUAAAUAUAUAUAUAUAUACAUAUACAAUAUGUAAUACAAAAUACUCGUAUAGCCCCUAGUCGAGCAGACCCUAGUUAUGAUCCGGCCCCCCAAAAGAAAAAUUGCGCAGACUAAGCCAAACCGAGCUUGCGUCAACCUUAUCAUAUAUAGAUUAUAUAUAUAAAUACAUAAAUAUAUAUAUAUGUAAAGUUACAAUUAUAUGGACCUUCACAAGGGUAAAAACGAUUGCAAUUUAAUUUUGCUUUAAUGCUGUGCUUAAUAAACGAAAAAGAACAAAAAGUAAGAGAAAGAGAAAAUA